AUUCAAAAGUUUUUAUAAACAUAGUAUUGAUAAUUGUACAUGCCCUUGAAAAUCUGCUAAAAGGAACAUUUUUUUUUUGGGGGGGUGGAUAAGUAGGUAUAUUCAACAUGUAUUAACAACAAUGUAACAGGUGGAUUGGAUUAGCCAAACAUAUCUAAAAAAUCAAAUUGAUAACAAAUACGGGUUGAAUUCUAGUUGCCUACCUAAUUUAUAAGUGGAUAAGGCUGAGUGAUUUGUACAAAGUAUUUGACUUUUGUAUAUAAAAAUACACACGUCACUUGACAAUGAGGAUGGCUAUAAAAGGAGGAAUAGAAAGAAAAUGAAGUUGGAAUAGAAUUUGAGAUAGCAAAUUGAGCAUUCUUUCAUAUCAGCAAUCAGAUUAAAACAAAUGAGUUGGUGGUGGGCGGGAGCCAUAGGUGCUGCCAAGAAAAAAUUGGAAGAGCAGGAUAAACCAUCGAAGUACAAGAGUGUUGCCAUCGUCAUUGGCGUGACAGGCAUCGUUGGCGUCAGCCUCGCUGAGAUCCUUUCCUUGUCUGAUACUCCAGGCGGACCAUGGAAGGUCUACGGAGUAGCUCGUCGCCCCCGCCCUGCCUGGACUAACCACCUACCUAUUGAUUACAUACAAUGCAACAUCUCAAAUGAAGAAGAAACACAAGAUAAACUAUCAAAACUCAAUGAUGUCACUCACAUCUUUUAUGUUGCAUGGGCUAAGCGAUCAAGUGAAGCUGAAAAUUGCAUCAUCAAUGGUACUAUGUUACGCAACGUGUUAAAAGCUGUCAUCCCAAAUGCACCAAAGUUGAAACAUAUAUGCUUGCAAACUGGACGUGGACAUUACACUGGUCCUUUUGAUUCGUAUGGCAAGGUUCAGCCCCAUGAUCCCCCUUUCCGUGAGGAUCUUCCGAGACUUAAAUUGUUGAACUUUUGCUAUACACUUGAGGAUGUUUUGUUUGAAGAGGUGAGGAAGAAGGAUGGAUUGACAUGGUCAGUUCAUAGGCCUGGAUUGAUUUUUGGAUUUUCGCCAUUUAGUUUGAUGAAUAUAGUUGGUACUUUAUGCAUUUAUGCAGCUAUAUGUAAGCACGAAGGCAAGCCAUUGAGAUUUCCAGGGAGUCGUCAAGCUUGGGAUGGGUAUUGGGAUGCAUCAGAUGCAGAUUUGAUAGCAGAGCAUCAGAUAUGGGCAGCAAUGAACAGAUAUGCGAAAAAUGAAGCGUUUAAUUGCAGCAAUGGAGAUGUGUUCAAAUGGAAGGAUUUAUGGAAGGUGUUAGCUAAGCAGUUCCGUAUUGAAGAUUACGGGUUUCAAGAAAGUGAUGAGAAGUUGAGCUUGGUUGAGAUGAUGAAGGACAAGGGUCCAGUGUGGGAUGAGAUCGUGAGAGACAAGGGUCUUAUGCCAACAAAAUUGAAUGAAGUGGGAGCAUGGUGGUUUGCUGAUGCAGUGCUUUCUGGAAAAUCAUUGUUGGAUAGCAUGAACAAGAGCAAAGAGUAUGGAUUUGUAGGGUUUAGGAACUCCCAAACGUCCUUCAAUUCUUGGAUUGAUAAGAUGAAAACACACAAGAUUGUUCCUUCAUUUUAGAUUUGACUAAAUGUUGUAUUACAGAGGAGGCCAAAACAAAAACAUGUAUUACAAAGGAUUCCAUUUCUUCAAAAUUUUUUUUCACUAGCUAUAAAUUGCAGGAAAAAACAUUCAAAGAAGAUUCUAAUUUUCUCAAAAAAGGAGUUAUUAUUUCAUUACCCAGAUCUAGAGUUCUG